UCGUUAGCAUAGAUUUUCAGUUCUUGGCGGUCCACCAAAAUUUCUCAUUGAACAGCGACAAGCAUUUCCAUUCCAACAUUUUCAUUCUGGAUCCGAGACACAGACCCUGAGAUAUUUCAGUGUUGCAAUUCGAAAAAUAAAUAUAAAUUAAAAGAAAAAAGAAGCAAAUUAUCAAUGGCGGCCUUUAUCAAGCUAGAAGAUUCCCCUAUGUUUCAAAAGCAGCUAUGUUCUUUAGAGUUCACGGCUGAUGAGUUGAAAGACCGCUGUCAAAGACUAUACAAAGGAAGUAAGAAGUUUAUGGCAGCUCUUGGAGAAGCAUAUAAUGGAGAAACUAGCUUUGCUGAUUCUUUAGAAGCAUUUGGUGGUGGACAAGAUGAUCCUGUUAGUGUCUCUAUAGGAGGCCCGAUCAUGUCCAAGUUCAUCAAUGCCUUUCGUGAGCUUGCUAGCUAUAAGGAGUUGCUACGUUCACAAGUGGAGCAUGUGUUAAUUGAUCGGCUAAUGCACUUUAUGACUGUUGAUUUGCAAGAAGCAAAGGAGUCUCGUCGGCGGUUUGACAAAGCUAUCAAUGCAUAUGAUCAGGCACGUGAAAAGUUUGUGUCAUUGAAGAGGAAUACACGAGGAGAUAUUGUUGCUGAGCUAGAGGAGGAUCUACAGAAUUCAAAAUCUGCUUUUGAGAGAAGCCGCUUCAAUUUAGUAAAUGCGCUAAUGAAUAUAGAAGCAAAAAAGAAGUAUGAGUUUCUGGAAUCUAUAAGUGCAAUUAUGGAUGCCCAUCUUAGAUAUUUUAAGCUGGGGUAUGACUUAUUGAGCCAGUUAGAGCCAUUUAUUCACCAGGUAUUGACAUAUGCUCAACAAUCAAAAGAAUUAGCAAAUGCUGAGCAAGAUAAGCUUGAAAAGCGUAUACAAGAAUUCAGGACUCAAGCUGAGAUAGACAGUUUGCGAGCUUCUAGUAACCUAGAGCCUUCAACAAGUGCUGAUCGCAUUCAUGUUAUUGGCAUGAAUUCGGACAAAAACAUAGAAGCAAUUAUGCAGUCCUCAACAAAUGGGGAGGUCCAGACAAUCAAACAAGGAUAUUUGUUAAAACGUUCUUCAAGUUUGAGGGGAGAUUGGAAGAGGAGGUUCUUUGUACUUGAUAGUCAAGGGACUUUAUACUAUUAUAGGAAUAAGGGUAUCAAACCAAUGGGCUCUCACCAUCAUUACACUGGUUCAGCUGAACAAAAUAGUGGUGUAUUUGCUAGAUUUCGUGCAAGGCAUAAUCGGUCAUCAUCAUUUAACGAAGAAACUUUGGGCUGUCAUACUGUUGAUCUUCAUACUUCAACAAUAAAGAUGGAUGCAGAGGAUACAGAUUUACGACUUUGUUUCAGAAUUAUAUCUCCACUGAAAACUUACACAUUGCAGGCUGAAAAUGGGGCAGAUAGAAUGGACUGGGUAAACAAGAUAACUGCGGUUAUUACAUCUCUUUUGAAUUCUCAUAUCCUGCAGCAGCAUGUGGACAAUAAUGAUUAUGCUUGCCGAGCUACUUCUGAUGUUAGGUCACUUGAUAGCCUUGGUAGUUUAGAGAUUGACUGGAUAGGAAACAGAGCAGAGCCUGUUUCUUCAGUCUUUAGAGAAAUUCCUGGAAAUGAUAUUUGUGCAGAGUGCAGUGCUCCUGAACCUGAUUGGGCAUCUCUCAAUCUUGGCAUAUUAUUAUGCAUUGAAUGCUCAGGUGUUCAUCGGAAUCUUGGUGUUCACAUUUCAAAGGUGAGAUCUUUGACGUUAGAUGUCAAAGUGUGGGAACCUUCAAUCGUGGAAUUAUUUCGUACUCUGGGCAAUGCUUAUUGUAACUCUGUAUGGGAAGGUUCUCUCCUUAAGAAUGAAAGAGUGGAUGAUACAAAUGCUAUUAGCACAUCAAUUAUAAAACCAUGUGCCAAAGAUGCUAUUUCCCAUAAAGAGAAAUACAUUCAUGCUAAGUAUGUAGAAAAAUUGCUAAUCAUCAGAGAUGGAACACUACCUGGAGUUCCUCCUAACUCAACAAACAUCUGGCAAGCAGUUAAGACGGAUAAUUUACAAGAAGUAUAUCGUCUAAUUGCAAUGUCAGACACCAAUAUCAUCAAUACCACCUUUGAUGAUGUUGUUAGCAUUGAGUCGUAUCACCAUAUUGAUGCACAAGAUUCAUCACUUGAUAGCCACAAAGAGGAAAGGAAACAGUAUGAUCCAUCAGCCUGUCAGAGAAUCAAGGAUUCAAAUGACCCAGGGAAUUGUCUACAAGGUUGUUCAGUGUUGCAUCUGGCAUGCCAAUGUGGCAAUCCUGUGAUGGUUGAACUGCUGCUGCAAUUUGGUGCUGAUAUAAAUAUGCGCGACUUCCAUGGCAGGACUCCUUUGCACUAUUGCAUUUCUAUUGGGAACAACACAUUUGCAAAGCAUCUACUAAGAAGAGGUGCUCGACCAUCAAUUAAAGAUGGUGGGGGAUUAAGCGCAUUAGAGAGGGCUAUGGAGAAGGGAGCAAUCACAGAUGAGGAGCUAUUUAUUUUGCUCAGCGAAAGCCAGUGAAAGAGACUUGGUUUCCUCAAAUGUGUAAGCCUGCUUCUGUUCCCGUGAUUUUCACUUAUGUUGGCUGUUGUUGCCUAUUACCAGAAUAAGAGCCUUUGAUCCUCUUCGAAUCUGUUGACGUUUUCUACUGAAUUAUUUCUCCUAUGCUUAAAAACUAGAUGCAGUCUUGAGUGCUAAUUUGCUCCUGUUGUGCUUCGAAUGAUUUUUUUUUCCUCUGUUGAUUGUAUUUUCCAAAUUUUUACAAACUAAUGUCUCUAAAAUUCGGGGGAAAAUUAAAUUUGAUGGUCAGUUGGUUGUAUGUAACAAUAUAUUUAAGGCAUAAUGGCCAAUUUUCCUUGAUUGUUUCCUGAAUCCA